UCUCCCGAUCUAGUUUUGGAUGUGUGAUAUAAACAAAUGGCAUGUGCUUGUUUGACAGGGAAAAUAAUUGUGGUUUUGGACUUUGAUCAGCCUUGGAACUAGGUUGAGUGUCUGAUAUAAGACCAAGGUGAGCGUGUGGAGAUGUCAACCAAUGGGAGUGCAGCGUAUGUUGUGGGCGUGGGGAUGACCAAGUUCCACAAGCCCCUCAGCAAGCAAUGGGACUACCCUGAUAUGGCCAGGGAGGCAGGUACAGCUGCACUGAGAGAUGCCGGUAUUCCCUACAGCAAGGUGAAGGCCGUGGUGGCCAGCUACUGCUACGGCGAGCCGACCAGUGGACAGCGGGCAGUGUACGAGCUCGGCCUCAGCGGUGUUCCUGUGUUCAAUGUCAACAACAACUGUUCCUCGGGGUCCACGGCGCUCAUGAUGGCUCGGCGCCUGGUUCAGAGUGGGGUGGAGGACUGUGUGUUGGCCCUCGGGUUUGAGAAGAUGGAGGGUGGAUUGUCGGAGCGAUACACUGACCGCAUAUCACCAGUGGGGCGACAUAUGGACCACAUGGUGAAUCUCGGAGCGACACCUGGUGUCGUCCAGCCUAGGAUGAACAACAUGACUUCUGAUGUUAUCAAACUCUUUGCAUAUGCAGCCAGAGAAUACAUGCAGAAAUACCCCGAUGUCAAGAUGGAGGAUCUGGUGAACAUCGCUUUCAAGAACAGGAAACAUGGCCUCAACAACCCCUAUGCAUCUCUGCCGAAGUUGCCGCCUAAGGAGGUGAUUGGCAAGAAGAUGAUGCUGUGUUACCCCUUGACGUUCUGGAUGACAGCGCCAACAGCAGAUGGCAGCGCGGCAGCCAUUGUGUGCAGCGAGGCCUUCAUGAAGACAAACAACCUUGAGAACAAAGCUGUGGAGAUCAUUGCACAGCACAUGGUCACCGAUCUCCCUUCCUCCUUUGAGAAGAGCUACAUUGACCUGUCUGGAGUGGGAAUGGCGAGAACGGCGGCAGAGCGUUGCUAUGCCGACAGCGGGCUGCGACCUCGAGACGUGGAUGUGCUGGAGGUCCACGACUGCUUCUCCAGUAAUGAGCUGUUGAUGUACGAGGCUCUGCAGCUUGCUCCUCCUGGCCGGGGCUCAGAUCUCAUCAGGAACUCCUCAUGGAGGCGGAAUGCAAAUGGGGGUGACAUCUGUGUCCUGAAUGACCGCUGGGUGGUGAAUCCGUCAGGAGGCCUGGAGUCCAAGGGUCACCCUAUCGGGGCUACAGGUCUGGCACAGUGUGCCGAGUUGUCAUGGCAACUACGAGGGGAGGCCGGGAAACGCCAGGUGGAUGGAGCAAGGGUUGCUAUGCAACACAACUUCGGCAUCGGUGGCGCUGCAGUGGUGACAAUGUACAGGAAAUAUGGGCAGCAGUUGACCUCCAAGCUGUGACACCGCGCCAGACGGAGGACAUGGCAACAUUCAGGGAUAAUAUUGUAUGAGCUGCAUGAAUGAAGUGAUCUACUUUUUUCCUUCCUCACACCUGUUUCAACUGAUUAUGUACAUGACUGAUAUGGCUGAAUAAUGUUUGAUGUCAUUUGACCAGUGUUGCUUGUCUGGUGCUGUGAACGUCUGUGUUGUAUACAGAGACAAUAGACGGGAAUAUUUAGUUCAUUUCUUCACACUUCCUGUAGACCUGGUGAAGUCUCUUUGGCAAUUAAUAUUUUAUUAAUAUUAAUAUUUCUCAAGAAUUUGUUACCAAGGAGAUAACUCCUGACCUAAGAUUGGCAUUAUUGUGACUAAACCCCAUGAAGUCAUAAAAUCUCCCUCAUUGCCUCUGUAUGCACAAUGUGACCAGCAAGUCUUUUUCUUGUGAUUGUUUACGUUACAAAUGACCAACCCUUAAUCGGGUUUCAGAUCUAUCAAGAUCAAAUGAAGAUCUUAACAAUAACACGUGUCUCGGCUGCUGAGAUGUUCCUUUCAUAAGCUAAAAGUAAUUUAUUUUCAUACAACCACAAAAUCGGUGUAUUCCAAAUGUCAGUCCUUCUCUGAAGCACACAUCUGAUGACAGAGAUCAGGGGUCCAGACAGUUCCCCCAUAGCGUCCAUCACACCUUACGACGUGGGAUGACAGUGACGAGGGGACCAGACAGUCCCCCCAAAGCGUCCUUCACACCUUACGACGUGGGAUGACAGUGACGAGGGGUCCAGACAGUUCCCCCAUAGCGUCCAUCACACCUUACGACGUGGGAUGACAGUGACGAGGGGACCAGACAGUCCCCCCAAAGCGUCCAUCACACCUUACGACGUGGGAUGACAGUGACGAGGAGGAAGCCACACCAACUCUUGCUCCAUGACCUGACACCAAAUAUACCAAGGAAACAUGUUGAUAGAGGCCUGACAAUUACAAAUAAAGCUGUGAUCUACUUGUGUGGUGUCUGCUGUUGUUGAUAGUGGCCUGACAAUAACAAAUAAAGCUGUGAUCUACUUGUGUGGUGUCUGCUGUUGUUGAUAGUGGCCUGACAAUUAUAAAUAAAGCUGUGAUCUACUUGUGUGGUGUCUGCUGUUGUUGAUAGUGGCCUGACAAUUACAAAUAAAGCUGUGAUCUACUUGUGUGGUGUCUGCUGUUGUUGAUAGAGGUCUGACAAUUACAAAUAAAGCUGUGAUCUACUUGUGUGGUGUCUGCUGUUGUUGAUAGAGGUCUGACAAUUAUAAAUAAAGCUGUGAUCUACUUGU